UUGAUUCGAAUCUUGCUUUUGUUGGUUAAUUUUCAUUAUUGUUUUGCUCCUCAUGGCGAAAUAAUCGUUUUGAAUAUUUUUCCGUCGCGAGCAACGAAAAACAUAAAGUUUAAAGCGUAAACUCCCCACGUCGCGCUAUAAAAAUUUUCAAAUGGCCGUGCUGGCACCGGGCAUGGACGAGAAGAUAAGCGCGACAAACAUUAAGAAAAAAACGCUUCUGACGGCACAGGACUUGAAAUUUGCGCGGAGGUUGGCGGAAAACGAUCCAAAAAUAAGACAACGAGCCCUCAAACACCUCAAGGAUUAUUUGAAUGUGAGGUCCCAGAAUACAGCGUGGAGCAGCGACAACUUGCUCAUACUAUGGAAAGGUUUGUUUUACUCCAUGUGGAUGGCGGAUAAGCCGCUCGUCCAGGAAGAAUGCGCGGAAAACAUAGCGGGCUUGAUACACUCCUUCAACACGUUCACAGAGGGGAUGGAAUUUUUUCGAACUGGUUUAGUCACCUUACAAAACGAAUGGUUUGGUAUCGAUCAGCACCGGCUCGACAAAUAUUUGAUGCUGGUGCGAAGGGUGCUGCGACAAGCCCUGAUGGUUUUAGCCAAGGUGAGCUUUAAAAAAAAGUUCAACCUCGAAUUUAGCACAGCUUUGGAGGACACCGUGUUGAGUACAACCAAUAGAGUGCCAAUAGGAUUGUUCAUGCACUUUACCGAGAUUUAUUUAGAAGAAGUGGCCAAAACGUCGUUCAAGAAACUACAGAAGAACCGAUUCGUAGACCUCGUCAGGCCGUUCAUUAUCAAACUCGCAUUCGCUUCGGAUCCCCGGGAGACCAAAUGGAUAAGCAAGUUUAUUUUAACGCAACUGAUGAAACAACACAAGCUCGGCAUUGAGUACAAGGAAAAAUAUGAAGUCUGGCGUUCCCUGGGUUUCCCGGGUUCUAUAACCCAAAUACAAAAAGUUAACGUGUCGUCGACGGAGGACGACGCUGAAGAACAAGCGCCUACAGCAGAGCCGCUGGACCCCAGGGCGGGAAGGGUCGACGUCGAGCUGUCUCCCAUAAAUUUUGACCCCGCGGAUGUUGCGGAAACCCUGACCGAGUUCGUCGGCGACCAGAAGACGUCUGCCACGUCGAGGAACGUCCUGAGAUCGUUUUCCGAUAACUUUAAAGAACUGUCCCUGGGGCGAUACCCGUUGGGCGCGAAGAAGGCGAAGAGAAUUGCGGACGACCAGAGGACCGACGACGUGGACGUUACGAAAGCGGCCAAAAAACUUAUGAAAUUCGAACGGAAACUGCUGGCGCGGGACAGGAAAGACAGAAAACGGGCAGCGGCACCCUCGAACGACGGCCCCGUCGCGAAAAAGAAGAGGAAAGGAGCUCGAAGUGGCCCAGACGAUGGCGACGAGACCGCGGAUGGCGCGGACAGGAAGAAAAGUUACCGGGAAGUUAGAAGUGAGAAGAAACUGAGGAAGAUCGAGAGGCAAAUCAUCGAGGACAUGCCGUACCUCAAGAGUUUGCCGGACGACGCUGACGUCGAGUACAUAUUCAAGCGGAAUUCGGGGGUGUGGUUCGUGACUAGCGAGCCGGUUGGACCAGUGCCGGCUCCCGGCCCGCAUGUCUUUUCAAAACCGCUCCCGAUGCCCAACAAGGCCGCGAAAAAGGAAGAUCACGAAUCGGACGGGAGCCCCGAUUACAAAACUACCAACGUCGACGACGCCUUGACUGGAGGCCGAGAACAUGUUUUACCGUCUCCGACCAAAACCGACAAGAAAAUGUCGAGAACUGAUCGGGAACUGAAGAGGAUUUUCGACGAGUUCGAAGGGAGAUCCUCGAACGGCGUCUUCAGUUCGCAACCUUUGCUACUGACGCCGAAACCGAGGCUUUCUUCGACUCCGAAGAAAGUCCGAAUCAACACGAAGAUGAAUGUGUCCCAGGAGAUUUACGAGCAUGUGCUACGGGUGGUUUCGUCGCCACAAAUCCCGUACGACGGUGCGAAGAAACCGGCUAGACCGGUGUUGAAACCCACCAGGAAGGCCAUACCCAUCAAUCCGUUUUACAAACUGAAGAAAAGCUUCUUUGAUGGUCUUUGACGUGGCCCCUCGAUGUUACGGCCCUUCGUUGAAUUACAAACAGAGAUGUAUUUUUCAUCCACAAUAAAAGCAAUUUUAA